GAAUCAUUUCUAAAUGUAUUUUUUAUUUUGAAAAGUACUAAGCAGCACUACAAGAACUUAUAAUGUUAAUAAGAACACGUACAUUAAAAAUAUCUUGAUUUUUUUUUUACAUGAUAUCAUUGAAUGCAACACACCUACAUACACUAAGGUCACAUGGCUAUAUUUUACCAAUGAACACAAGCCUCCUUUUCUUCAGCCAAUCAGCUUUCAGUGGGUGCGUUACUAAAGAGUGAUUGGUUAAAAAAGACAACAUGAGCCUGAAAGCAUGACAACGGAACUACUCUUUGGUUUUAUCGAGUAGUUUUAAGUUUAUGUCUCACGAGAAACGUCUCCAAAUAUUUAGACAUUAAGAGUGUGAAAUUAAUGAUUAUUUUCUACUGUAAUACAAAGAGAAAAUCAGCUUUUUGUUGUCAUUGCAUCUCUAAACAGCCGCAAAGAGCUAGCUUGUUUGCUAACCUCUGCGUGCGUGGACGCUUGGUUAAUGGAGUUUUCAUUUAGUUCACAAUCAGUUUUAACCUCAGAUAAGUUCUCUGUUUAAAGUUGUUUCUAUGAAAUAAGAAAGAUGGAAACUUUGGCUCUCUUAGCUCCAAUCACAAGCCUGGAGUUCUUUGAAGACAAGUUUCUUUUAACAGGUGAGGGUCCAGUCCUGUCAGCGUACAGUCUCCACUGUAGUCCUAAAGGCUUCACCUCCCUGAGUGUCCUCCAGCACCAGCGGAUCCAUGGCAUACGCCCCAGAAGUCAGUGUGUUAGAUCAGCUCAGAGCUCUGCCUCAGAACAUGGACUGACAUCUGGAUCAGAGCCUUUAUUCCAUGACUUUGCAGUAUUUGGAGGCAAAGCUUUGAGGCUGAUACGGCUUCAUGUGGAGAUCCAGAAUGUGGAGAAUUUUCACUUUGAGAUCCUGGGUCCUCUUUUAGAGCUGCAGGACUGGAUUCUGGAUGCCCGCUGGCUUUCUGGGCGCAGCCCAUCACAGCUCUGUGCGGCGGUAGCUCACAACGGCGCUCUCCUCGUGGACGUCGCCGCAGGCCACGCGGUGGCUCGGCGCUUCUGUCUGGAAGGUUGCUUGUUGUAUUCGGCCCUUCUUGUGGUCCACGAGUCCUGGGCAGAAACGGUUUUAGUCGGAGGGACUGUCUUCAACCAGCUGAUCGUCUGGAAAACGGAGAAUAAGGAUGAUGGUUGGGAUUCAGGACACAAAGCUCCGGUUGAGCGGCGUCUCGUGGGCCACACCGGUGUCAUCUUCAGCGUGGCUUACCUUCAGGAGGGGGGGUUUCUAGCGUCUGCCUCAGACGACCGCAGCGUCCGCCUGUGGGGGGUCGGCGCUCUAGGUGGCCCUGGAGGGAAAUGUGGAGACGAUAACCCAGCCUGUUUAAGAGUCCUGUAUGGCCACCAGGCCCGGGUGUUUUCGGUGCGCCUCUCACCUGGGAGGGUGUUCAGCGCCGGGGAGGACGGGGCUUGUUUGGUGUGGGACUGGAACGAGGGCGGUAAGGUGAUGCGCAUGCUGAAGGGACACCGGGCAGGUGGCGUGCGCGCGUUGGCGGUCAGCGAGGAGAUGAUGGAUAAUAGGAGGUGGGUUGCUACCGGAGGGGCAGAUGGAGGGGUGAGGUUGUGGAACGUGGAAAGCGGUCUGGAGGAGAGCGCAGAGGCAGCAGGUACAACAGAGCUGACAGACCUAAAGUUCCCCCAGAUUGGACUUCCAAAGAUCGUCUGCAUGGUAGGUGGAGGUGAGGAUCCCAGCUGGAGCCAGUUUGUGGUUUGCACCGAUGGAGGAUCAGUUUGUCUUUAUAGUGACGGGACAUGGGGAACUAUUUGGCAGGGGACUGCUGAGUUUCAGUCCUAUUGUGUGAUGGAAACCGUCACUGUCUGCGUGAAAGACUCAGCUGCCACGGUGAGUUUGUGUGCCGUGGGAAACAUCAGCGGGUCUUUAGAAAUCUUUCCUGUUUCCUGUCCUCGGUCUGGCGUUCGUCUUAGCGGCGGAUCGGGGAAGAUCCAAAGUCUUCAUUUUCAGAAGGAAAAGGACCGGGUGUAUUUGCUGGCCUCAGGCGCUGAAGGGCUGGUUCAUCGGUGGUGCGUAGAGGUAAGACAAAGUGAAAGCUGCUCUUUAGUCGUAAGCCUGUGCCGUCUUCCACCGUUCCUCCUUCCUCAAUGCGCUAAACGCUGGCUCACUGCUGCUGUCCGCCUCCAGCCAUCUUCCAAGAAGGUUCUCUGGGUGUGCGGGGACAGAAGAGGAUCUUUACUUUUGUUUGAGGAAAAUAAGCAUUUAGAUGAAGGACGGAGCAGAGAGAUGCUGGAUGCACCUUUGCAGCCGCUCAGCUGCCUGUUUGGGGUGCAUGGAAAGCACGGCGUUACCUCAGUUUGUGAGUACCAGGGAUUGUUCUACAGCACCGGCAAAGACGGCUGUGUGAGGGUUUUCAGAGUGAAACAAUCAAAACCGGAUGAGAGGCUAGAAAACGCUGCCGAGGCGGACGUGGGGCUGGAACUGGACGUGCUCCGAGUCCAGCGGGCCUGCAAGGGUAUGGAGUGGCUGGAGAGAACGUUGAUUCUUGAAUCUGCAGUUUGUUUAGAGGAGGAGGAUCACGGAGAGACGAGUUGGGUUUUUAGAAAACAAAAUGUGGGUAAAGAGGCCAGGUUUGUUAUCGCUGGCUUCCACGCCGCUCACUUUGUGGUUUGGGAUCCUCUGCGGCGGGAGAGGCUGUUUGCUGUACCCUGUGGGGGGGGGCAUCGCUCGUGGGCGCUGUGGCCGUCACACACGGGGGUGUGGCCCGGAUACGGAGCUCUGGUCUUCAUCAAACAGGGGGCUGUCCUGACUUCACAGCCCCCUGGGGAGGCGGCGGGGGCAAAAGCAGGAGCGAGGGACUUGAGAGAAGGAGUUCACGGCAGAGGAAUCUGGUGCGUGUGCAGGGUGGGGAGGAUUGGAAAUGAAAAACAGAAAAGCUUGUGGGAGAUCAUCGUGACAGGAGGAGAGGACACUAGCUUAGCCGUCCUGGCGGUGCAUCCCCCAUCCGGCGCCGUCAGAGUCCUCUCGCUGAUCACAGACCACAUCUCUGGCGUCCGCGCAGUGACGGCGGUCAGACAUCCACACAGCGAGCGUGGACACCAGCCCCUCUCCGUCCUGCUUGUGUCGGCCGGCGGUCGCGCUCAGAUACAGAGUUACCGGCUGUUGGUCGGCUGGAACAGGCAGACGCUGACUCCUUCCUGUCAGGUGAUCCAGGUGGGAGGACACAGGCUGGAUGAACAGUGGGAGAGGAGGAAGAAUCGACACAAGACGGUGAAAAUGGACCCGGAAACAAGGUAUGUCUCCAUAGCCGUGGUGGAGGAAAGCUCCGACCGCGUCCUGCUGGCUCUGUCUUGCAGUGACGGCGCCGUCCGAUUGUUUUCAGUGACUGAGUCAAAGAAUCGGAUUGAUUUGUUGUGGGAGACGUUUCAUCACCAGCGCUGUGUGCUCAGUGUCGCCACCUGCAGCCUGGAAGGCGUUAAAGACGACAGGUACAAACUGCUGUUCAGUGCUGCCACAGAUGGGAAAAUUGCCGUUUGGCAUUUAACUGGAGUAUCAACCGAUAUUUCAAGUGGUGCUACAAAUCCCCCAGCUCCCUGCCUCGAUAUCCCCGCCCACCAGAGCGGCGUCAACUCAUUGGUUGUUUGGGUGGAGAAACUGGGACGAGAAGGAGGAGGCGGUUGCCUGGUAACUGUUGCUAGUGGCGGGGAUGACGGACAGCUGACAGUGUCCACAAUUAGGGUGCAGUUCCCAGGAAAUGGGAAGGCUGGGGGCAGCAGAGGGUUUCCUGAGACUUCUCAUUGCCAAAGCUCAGUGGAAGCACUCCUAACAGACAUAAAAGAGCUUCAGCUUCAUCUCCUCUCUCAGCGCCGGAUCCCGCUGGCUCACGCUGCUCCUCUGACCGCCCUGAAGCUCCUGAGUCCCGGCCUCCUGGUCUCCACUUCCUCAGAUCAAAGGGUUUGCCUGUGGAAGGUCAGCGACGCCGGAGUCGGCCACAGCGGGGCGCUGUGCUCCCACGUUGCUGAUGCUGCAGCGAUGGCAGUGUGGGAGGGGGAGAAAGAAGAGGCAAUUAGUACAACGGGAUCCGAGCUCGUAAACGCUCUUUGCAGAGAACAAGAGAGCCAGACGCAGUCGGAGACAAAGACGGAGGAAACUGAGGGUGGGUGGGUUAGCGACGGUGAGGAAGCAGCUGGUGAACAGGAACUUAGACAACCUGCUGUAGCAGUGAAGGAGACAGUCGACCCAGUUUGCAAGGAAGAGGAGGAGGACACGACUGAUCACUCAAAAUCAGAACCUCAGACUGACGGCUCAGGUGAAACAGUGAAUUGGACAAACAGUGAACAGUGUUUGAAAGCUUCCCCUGACAGCCAAACGGGGAUCAUCAGUGAAGGAUGGGUGCUGGUCUGCGGUCAGGGUCUCCAGCUCCUGCGGGUCAGAAGUGCAGAGAUGGAAGCAUGGAGAGAGAAAAAGGAAAAGAGUAACUGCAGUGUUAAAGUGACGCUUCAAAAACAGCCAACAUAAUUGGAUUAUAUGUUUUUUUUAUAAUUAUUUCUUUUAAUAAAAUGAUUGAAUCUAUAAACUUCUACGACUUUCCUGUUCGUUGCCCUUUGGCUGCUCCCUGUAGGGGGCGCCACCUCCUCAUGUCCUCCUCCACUACACAAGAACCUUCUCUUUGGUCUUCCUCCAGACCAGGGGUGGGCGAACCUUUUCAUUCGUGGGCCACAAAUUGGUAAUUCCACCUCUAUAGAAAUAUAAAUAACAUAGAAUGUAGAUGAAAACGUACUUUAAUUUUGAUUUAUAAUAAAUGUAUAUAUUUUACAACAGAACAUUUUGGAGUAUUUAUUUUAAAACUGGGUCUUGUCCUCAUUUUAGAAGCAAUUGUUUAGAUGGGUUGAUGUCCUUCAGUAAAAAA